ACAGCAAACUGCAUCUCUGCAGAUGAGGAACAGCAAACUGCAUUCUCUGCAGAUGCUAAAAAUGAAAAACCUAAAACUGCGGUUUUCAGAAGUCCGUCAUCAACAACACUGAAUUCUCAGACACCAGCAAAGGACUAUUUUGGUAGGGAUGACAAAUGUUCAAUUUGUGGAAAAAGUAACUGUCCUUUAGAUCCCAAAAGGACUUCGAAAAUGUCCUCUAUGUCUUUGCCCCCAAAAUCACUUGCUAGAAAGAGGAAAUCUUCAGUGAAGUCAAAGUUAUCGAAAGUUAAUGUCAAGAAGAUGAAGAGAAUAAACACUCCAUCCAAAAUCUGCAUUAAUACCAGAAGUGUAACAAGUAAAUUAGUUAAACGCAUCGCUAACCAUUCAUCACUUCACAUCUUUAAGUUAAAGGCUGAGCUCUUCAAGGCAGUGGAAAAUGGAGACUUGGCAAGAAUGCAGGAACUGAUUCAAGACACAGGAGCAGCUGUGAGGAGAAGCAAGACCAGAUGCACACUCCUUCAUGCUGCAGCGUCUCACAACCAAGCGGAUGUGGUGGUGUUUCUGCUGAAAUUGAUCAGUCCCAAUAUUACCAACAAGGAGGGACAGACUCCAGCUCACGUGGCCGCUGAAAAGGGUCACACGCAAGUGCUGAAACUUUUAAUGAGUGACCCUGACUUCGAUGCCGACAAACGGGAUAAUCGCCAGAACUCAGUAAAAUCGCUGCUUGGUAGCCACUUGUUCAAGGCAGUUUUGGAAGGAAGCAAGAGAGAAGCAGAAAGACUGUUGGCAGUUGGUGCAGACCCAGACAGUCACGGCGGAAAGCUGGUGGAUGGACUGUUGGCACGAGAGCUUGGAGUGACAACGCCUCGCCUGCUGGCCAAUGCCCUGAACAUGGAUUCGAUUGCGGCAAUGUUUGCUAAGAAAACAAGAAAUGUCAACAAAGAAACUGUUCUCACAAGUUCAUCGACAUCAGCAGUUUUAAACGCAUCAGAACUUAAAGUCUCUACACGACAGUUCAAUGUGAGACAGGCAACAACUAUUCAAGGAGGUGCUGAUGUGUACAAGAUGGACAAGGAGGCACGAGGCUUCGUUCGCUUCUUUAACUUCAGUUGUUUCAAGGACAGAUCCGACCUGAACCUUCAGCAACUCGACUACGAUGCUCGCAUAAUGUCAGAUGUAUUUGAUAAGAUGGGAUACAUGUGUGAAACACGCUCGUCACUCACGGCUCAGCAGACUAAGGAAGUUCUGAAUAUUAGGAACGCAGAUGUGCUGACGGACGGACGUCGGAUGUGCUAUAUUUGUCAUAUCUGGCUAUGGUGUAAAUGGCGGAAAGAUUCUUACAUCUGA